AUGUCACAGCAGAAGCAACAGCCUCAGGAGCUCCCAAAUGCUCCCAAAUGUUCACCUGCCCAAUGCCCAGACCCCUGUCUGACUACCUGCUCAACUUCUUGUGGGAUUUCUUGUUCAGCAAGAAGCUGUUCUUCCCACUCCCAAAGGCCAGAGCUUCAGAACACUGCUGGACGCAGGAGGACUCACCUCGUACGGCCCCGCUGCCUCAGAGGUGGUACCACCUAUCACUGCAAAGAGGAAGAGUGCUAA